AUGACCCAACAGGUGCACAAAACCAUCGCGGUGGUGAACGCCACCGGGCGUCAAGCCGCCUCGCUCAUUCGAGUGGCAUCCGCCUUAGGGUAUGGCGUUCGCGCUCACACCCAUACCCUCAAAGGCGUGAUCGCCGAAGAGCUCGCCAGUUUACCUAACGUCACCCUCAUCCGAGGCACUCUGAUGAACAACCCGACGUUCAUGGACGAAAUUUUCAAGGGCACCCAACUCGCAUUCGUCAACACAGUCUCCCAAGCCGGCGAUGAAGUCGUAAUCGGCCGCGCACUGGCCGACGCCGCCAAACGCGCCGGCACAAUCCAGCAUUUCAUCUACAGCAGCAUGCCAGAUCAUUCCGUGCAUGGUCCCUGGCCCGGUCCACCGAUGUGGGCGUGCAAGUUUACCGUGGAGAACUACGUGCGACAGCUCGGCAUUCCGGCGACGUUUGUCUAUGCGGGCAUCUACAACAAUAAUUUCACCAGUCUACCUUAUCCGCUUUUCCAGAUGGAGUUGCAGCCAGAUGGCAGUUUCGAGUGGGCAGCUCCGUUUAAUCCUGAUGUGCCAUUGCCGUGGCUUGAUGCGGAGCAUGACGUUGGACCAGCCUUGAUUCAGAUUUUCAAGGACGGUCCGAAGAAAUGGAACGGUCAUCGAAUUGCCCUCACCUUUGAAACCCUCUCUCCGAUCCAAGUCUGCGCCGCCUUUGCACGUGCCCUAGGUCGACGAGUCCAGUACCGACGCACAUCGAAAAUCGAAAUCAAAGUCAAAAUCCCCGACGGAUAUCGCGAACAAUUGGAAGCACUAGAGAUACUCUUUGGCCAAUACGAGGCGCCGUAUUUCCCACAGCCGGAAUUCAAUACCCCCGCCGCGGGAUCUCCCAAGGGUCUUGGACCAGCAGGUGGAAAAGGCGCUGGAGCCGGUAUGAUGCAAGGACCGGGUGGAGUCGUCUCUCAGCGAGUGACGGACGAGGCGCGCACGUUGUGGCAAGGCUGGCGCGACAUGGAAGAGUAUGCGCGUGAGGUCUUUCCCGUCGAGGAGGAAGCGAAUGGAUUGCAAUGGAUGUUGUGA